GUAACGUAUCUCAGCAGUAAGGCUGGUUGCGAUUCGCGACAAAGUCCCGAAUGCAACUUCCAUGGAGUAGAGUGGUUGUGACUCGUCCAGUCGUCAUGACACUUACUGGUAAAGUUUCCCUCCCACGGUUGUCUUUAACUUGACAACGCCUUGCGACGUCAGCUGCACCGAAACUUGAAGGACUCACCUGGCUGGCUGGGAGAGGACGAGUGGUGCAAGAAGAGAGAGCAACUUUCCCACCAGCCGUAAGGUCUAACAAUGUGAACUAACGACCUCUUGUUUUUGAGGAAUUGUUGCCUUUUUGGACCGCAACUGGGACGUUUACUGCCCCGUGGACAGCGCAGUUUCAUUUUUAAAAGUUAAUCUUAAGGCACUUCCGGGUGGCGACUACAGUCAGGCUUACAAUAAUAACUCCCAUUUGGUACUGGGAGCUGAAAGCAAACCAGCAUGGAAAGCAUUCAGCUUCAAGACAUCAGGACGAAUGGGAAUAAUGGAGCAACAUAUCUCCCUAAUGAACAGGUGGCAGCUGCUAAUGGAGACAGCAUCCCUGAUCCUAAAUCUCUCCCAACAGAGAGAGAAGGGCUGCUUUAUGUACAGAGUACUGGUUGUAAUGGGGAGACUGUGCCCUCUGGCCAUGCAGCAGAAGCUCGGAUAAAUCUGGAAAAUAUAUACAAUCCACAAGAGAAUAGCGCCUUGUGCAGGAUACGGCGAGAGCUGAAUGAGGAACUCUGCCCGAGAUUCAGACUAUGGAUGGCCCUCAUCUUCAUCUUUGUCAUCAUCGGUGCUGUGAUUGGAAUUACACUGGCCGUGUGCAGCUUGAUCCACGAGGACAAGGAUGACAACUUUGACCGAUCGUUGUUUAAAGUUCCUCGGUAUUUUAAUGGGAGUUUCCAACUUCCCAAUCUUCAAUCAAAUGUCUCAACAGAGGAACUUCUCACGCUCUUCUCCAAUGAAAGCCAAGCACUCACUGACCUUCAAGGAAAGCUGGCUGACCUCUACACAUCCUCCCCUGCUCUGGGACGAUACUUUUCCAAAGCUGAGAUAUAUCCUUUCAGGAACGGAUCAAGCAUUGCUGACUUCCAGCUGACAUUUCUCAUGCCUACAGAGAAGCAGGAUCAGCUGAGAAACUUGGUUCUGAGCAGGGAGAUGGUGUAUAACGUGUUAAGACAGUUUCUAUACGACCAGGAGUCAGAUGAGUCUGAGGCAAUGUACAUUGAUCCAGCUUCCCUGAAGAUGUUUUUAGGACACUAGUAACAACAGACUGGAAAACUGCUGUAUCUUGCUUUUUUUUGUCAUAUACAUAAGAAACUCUGUGAACACUAAACCUCUUACAGUAAGGUGGUUGCUUGUAGCAUAUGAUCGGUCAGGCUUGUGUGUGAUUCUCCCACGAGUCUGGAGAAAUGUUGCAUAUCAUGCAUUUUUACCACAGGAAACUACAUGGCCACAGUCACGCAAACCCAUUAUGGCUUUACGUCAGAUGGAUGAUCCCAUUGUGUCUACACUUUAAUAGGCUUUUAAGACUUAAUUCUUAAUUCAAAUCAAUCAACAGUAUGUGGCCUCUAAAGUAAAUUGACAUCUAAUGUCAACUGAGUGGAUUAACCCACAUUAGAUUCGCAACAAAAUCAGGGUCUUGCACUCAGAAAUGCAAUUUUACGUUAAUUUUUUAUUGUGCAUUACUGUGCCUUGUUUAACUGCACGUUUAAUUGUAAGUGUAUUGGUAUUAAUGUCAGUGCUGUAAUUAUUUAUAUUCAUUUCCUGACUAUCAAUGUGAUUUCUUGUAUGACCAUUUGUACAAAUCCUGUGGCUGAAUAACUGUUUUUUUUUUACAAGUGUUUAUAUUUGCAUGCAUUUGUGUCAUUGUAUUACCUUCCAUGACCAGAGAGGAUUUGCAAACCAAAACUGUGGACGGCUCUUAACAUUUGCCUAGAGAGCAACAAACACUGGAGGUGAAUAAGCUUUAAGGAACUGUACAGGCAAAUAAGCCUGCUGAUGCGACCAUUUUGAAAGUGACAGCUGUACUUGCUCAUAUAUAUUCCAUACACAAAUAAUUAUUUAUAUGCUGUAUUUUUAAUGUUCUUUGUGGUUGAACAGUAGAGGGAGUGCAAGUCAAACAUGCAAGUCAAUAUUUUUUUCACUCUGGCUUUCUCUGUUUCUGUUUGGAGAAAAUGAUAUGCUAUUUUCCACUUGAGUUGUUUUAGCAGCAGGUUGUUGCGUUUAACUGCACCGCUGGCGCAUCACAUGCUAAUCAAGCAGAACUGUGUCAGUGUGUGAGACCGCAGUCUGUUACCUGGCAGUGAUCAUGUCAACACGUCUGUCUUCUAAUGAGAUUACACCUGUGAUUAAUGUUUGUGCCAAAUUAUCUGGUCACAAACAGUCAUUCUUCACAUCCACCAGAUGGUAAUUAAUUAGUUCUCCCUUCAUCUGUUUGCUCGGUACAAGACUUCAUGAAAAGAGCUGAAGCUUGAGCCAACCAUGACAGUAAUUGCCAUGUAGGGUUUUUUUCACUUCAUUUUGUGGGAAGAACUCGUCUGAUUUAAAUUGGUGGUAAUGGUUUGAUUUUUUAAAAAUCAUGUAAGACAAAAUGAUCAAGGCCUCAAAUAAAGAAUAUUUUUACAGAUAGUCGCAGCUGAAACUGUGUAGUUAUUGUAAAGAUCACGUGUCAGAGUUAUUACACUCAUUCAGUUACAGUAUAACUUCAUAGUCAGCUCUGUCUUUUUACAAUGGACGUAAUCAAAAUUCCAGAGGGACAAAAAGUACUA